AUGCUCUCAGCUGCCAUCCGUUCAGCAAGCAUCGCUGCCCGUCGUUCCCUCAGAACAUCUCCCGUUGCACUCCGCGCCCUUUCUACCACGUCUGUCCGUCUUUCUGGCGGUGAAGGUCCCCAUAUCAUUGGCCCUGGUGCAAAGGCCGGAGAAGUCCCUUCUGACGAUAUUCAGGCGACUGGUCUCGAGCGUGUGCAGGUGCUUGGUGAAAAGGAGGGUGUUGAGGUAUUCGAUCUCAAGCCGCUGGAUUCGAGCAGAAUUGGCACGCUCGCCGACCCUGUGAAAGUGCCCUCAUUCGAGCACACGCGUAUCAUUGGUUGCACUGGUAGCCCUGCAGAGUCUCAUGAGCUCCUGUGGAUGAACCUCACAAAUCAGAAGAACAGGCGCUGCCCCGAGUGCGGCUCUGUUUACGCUCUUGACUAUCAGGGCGAGGAGAAUCUUGCCCUGCACAGCCAUUAG